CUUGCAAAUCAUUAGCUACAAUUCGUAGACUGAAAUAUGUGCCCCUAAAGCGAAUAAUUAAAAAGUUUAGUAAUAUAAUUAGGCUAAUCAUUCGAUUAGGUGAUUUGAUUUCUCGUAGAAGUAUCGGCCGCCUCAUCGAGUAAUUUAGCUCACGCUUAAGCAUUCUGCUAUGUGCGACAGAUAGCAGCCUACAUAUCGAAGGCAGCAAGCAAAUCUGAAAAAAAAAAGUUCUUACGAAGGAAAAGCUUUGCGAGUUCGCCGCCUGCAUUCGGCACAUGCGCCAACGAGAGCAAGGAACGUUCGAGUGCGCGAAAAACCGGGCACUUGGUGCCCAAGAGGGCCACCACCGGACGCUAUUACUGCGCGAAUGACCAUUAUUCCGCGACAUGUUAAAGCCCAACGCGGUCGCAUCCACUUCGAUCGGCAGUCUCGUUCGCUGACCAUGGUGACGUUCGCUCUGGCUGGCUUCUCCAACCUGGGCUCCCUGGGCAUCCAGCUGUCCGCCUGGUCCACCUGGGGACAGCGGCGUCUGGAGGACCUGUCGGCGAUCGGGAUGCGGGCGGUGGCCGCCGGUGCCCUCUGCGACUUCAUGACCGCCUGCGUGGCAGGUGCCUUGACCCCAACGAGUAUUCCUUUCGAUACCACCAUGUUCAACACCACGGAGUUCCUGGACAGCUAGCCUGACGUCAUUGGGAACGUGUUCAUCAGCACGUCUGCUGCAGAACCACCAAC